CCGCCUCCCGCACCGCCAGCCCGGAGCCCCGGGCCGCCCCUGGCGCUGCCGCCGGCCUGCGGGUAAGACAGCCCCGCUCGCCAUGUCACCCCGGAGCUCCGCCCGGCCGUAGCCGCCGCGAUGCGCUUGGGCGCGGUGCUGGGCGCGCUGCGGCCCGCGCUGCCGCUCCUGCUCGGGCUGUCUCUCGGCUGCAGCCUGAGCCUCCUGCGAGCCUCCUGGAGCCACGGCGCGGCCGAGGAGCGCUGCCUGGCGCCGGGCCGGCCCGCGCCACCCGCCGGCGGGGCUCCGCCCGAGGCAGCGGAGGGGGGGCCGGGCCCGGGCCAAGAGGACUUCAGGCCCCGCAUUGUGCCGUACUACAGAGACCCCAACAAGCCUUACAAAAAAGUACUCAGAACUCGCUACAUCCAGACAGAACUGGGAUUCCAUGAGAGAUUGUUUGUGGCUGUGCUGACCUCCAAGGCCACCAUGAACACGCUGGCAGUGGCCGUGAACAAGACGGUGGCCCACCACUUCCCACGCCUGCUGUACUUUACGGGGCUGCGCAGUGCCAAGGUGCCCCAUGGAAUGGUGCUGGUGGCCCAUGGAGACGAGCGGCCCAUUUGGCUUAUGUAUGAGACCAUGAACUAUAUCCAUCAGCAUUUUGGUUCUGACUAUGACUGGUUCUACAUCAUGCAGGAUGACACCUAUGCCCAGGCGGAGCAGGUCAAGGCUCUGGUGACGCACCUGAGCAUUAACCAGGACGUGUACCUGGGGCGAGCGGAGGAGUUCAUCGGGGGGGAUGAACAGACCCGGUACUGUCACGGGGGCUUUGGCUACCUGCUCUCCCGUAGCCUGCUGCUGAAGCUCCACCCACACCUGGACAGCUGUCGCAAUGAGAUACUCAGUGUGCGGCCAGAUGAGUGGCUGGGUCGUUGCAUCAUUGAUUUCCUUGGCAUCACUUGCAUUUCCCAGCUCCAGGGCCAGCAUUAUCACACCUAUGAACUGGCCAAAAAUACUGAGCCAGAGAAGGAGGAAGAAGAAGAGUUCCAAGCAGCUCUUGCAGUGCACCCUGUUUCCGACAUGACCCUGAUGUACCGGCUGCACAAGCAGUUCAGCAGGAUCCAGCUGGACAGAGCUUACCAGGAGAUACAGGACCUCCAGAUGCAGAUCAGGAACCUGACAGCACUGACCCCUGCGGGCGAGGCAGGUGUGACCUGGCCUGUGGGCAUAAAUGCUCCAUUCCUUCCAAAGUCCCGCUUUGAGGUGAUCAACUGGGACUACUUCACCGAGCAGCACCUCUUCUCCUGUCCUGACGGCUCCCCCAAGUGUGAGCUGUCUGGAGCCAGCAAAGCAGAUGUUGGUGAGAUCAUCGAGUCAGCGCUGGAGCAGCUGAACCAUCGGUACCAGCCCCUGCUCCGCUUCAGCAAGCGGCAGCUGCUCAACGGCUACCGGCGCUUUGACCCCACGCGGGGCAUGGAGUACACACUGGACCUGCUGCUGGAGGCUGUCACCCAGAAGGGCCACAGUCAUGUUCUGGCCAAGCGAGUGAGCUUGGUGCGACCCUUAAGUAAGGUGGAAAUUAUUCCCAUGCCAUAUGUGACAGAGGCCACACGGGUGCAGCUGGUGCUUCCCUUGACAGUGCAGGACCUGGAUUAUGUGGCAAACUUCCUGGAUAUGUUUGCUAUGAACACACUGGACACGCAUGAUAAUGCCUUGCUGACUUUGCUUUUUGUCUACCAUCCCUAUGAUGCCCAGAGAGUCAGUCAGGUGGAUGUUUUUGCUGGAGUCAAAGCCAUGGUAGGAGAGCUGGAGAAACGCUAUGCAGAAGUUAAAAUCCCAUGGAUUAGUGUUAAAACAGAGGUGCCAUCACAAGUGAAGCUCAUGGAUAUAGUCUCAAAGAAGCACCCUGUGGAUACACUGUUCUUCUUGGCCAGCGUCUGGACAGAAAUCAACAUGGAGUUCCUGAACCGCUGCCGUAUGAAUACCAUCAGCAACUGGCAGGUUUUUUUCCCUGUGCAUUUCCAGGAGUUCAACCCUGUGCUGGUGUACCGUGGUGAGCAGACAGCUUCCUCCAGCACUGACUUCCUGAGGGAUGGGCAUUUUGACAGACAUUCCUUUGCUGAGGCCUGCUUUUAUAAUUCUGACUAUAUGACAGCACGUACCAAGCUUGCAGCCGAUAUCCUGGACCGAGAUGAGGUUCUGGAGAGCAUGGAGGUAUUUGAUGUCUUCCUCCACUAUUCUGGUCUGCACCUGUUCAGGGCUGUGGAGCCGGGGCUGGUGCAGAAGUACACCCUGAGGAGCUGCAACCCCCGGCUCAGUGAGGAGCUGUACCACCGCUGUGUGCUCAGCAACUUGGAAGGACUCGCGUCCCGCUCACAUUUGGCCAUGGCCCUCUUUGAGCAGGAACAGGCCAACAGCACUUGAGAGAUGGAAACAUCAAGAGCUUCUCAGCACCUUAACACUUGGCACUUUCCAUCCCCUUCCCACCCUUGCCAUGGGUGAAGGGCAUGUGAGGUCAAGGGAGGAGGAAGACUUUCCAGGCCCCACUCUGAGGCAUGUGGGCUAUGGAGAGAGGCUGUUUCUGUGGAGGGGUUUGGUUUGUUUGUUUUGGGUUUUUUUAAUAAAUUUAAUUUUCUUUCCAGGCAGACUGAUGUGGUCACUUGUAAACUUUGCAGCCUCUGGGAUGAGGGAAGUGAGACAAACUGUAGAGCUGACCUUACUUAAAGCUGUGCAAUUCUGCUGAGCAAUGCAGGGGGAGAGUGACUGUGAGCUACACAUGGGGAGAAAAUUACCUUGACUUGCUACUCUCUGGGCUGUUGUGCAGCCUCCUGUAUGUUUGUGUGUUUAUGCAUUCACUUUUUCAAGAGACAUAAACACAACUUGUCUAAUUCAGCUGGGCAAAGCUGUUCAAUCACUUUUACUUUGCUGUGUUUGGCUCUUCCAGAGCUUCAGAGCUGUUCCAGUUUAAGUAUCUUGGGGAUGGAGACUCCACAAUCCCUCCUGGUAGUAUGCCCUUGUGUGUAGCAACUUUUACAGCUGAAAAGUUCUUUCUCACAUUUAAUUGAAAUUUCUUGCAUUUCAGUUUGUGCCUGUUGCCUCUUGCAAUGUUACCAGAGACCACUGAGCAGAAGCUGUUUGUGUCUUCCUUAUAUUUUCCCAUCACUGAGACACACAUGGAUGAGACUGUGCUGAGCCUUUUGUCCAAGUGAAACAAUCCCAGCUCUUGCAGUCUCACUGUUAGGACUGACGCUCCCAUUACUUAACAUCUCCACAUCCCUUUGCUGGACUUGCUCCAGUAUGUCCAUGCCUGUCUUGUACUGGGGAGCCAGACUGGACACAGCACUCCAGGUGUGUCUCACCUGUGCUGAGGAGAUAGCUCAUUGCCCUUUACCUGCUGGCCACAGCCUUUCUGCUGCAGCCCAGGAUGCUGUUGCCACCUUUGCUUGGAAGGAAUGCUGCUGGCUUAUGUUUAACUUGGUAUCCAUCCCCACUAAUCUUUUUACUUUUUCAGCUUUCCAGCAUCAUCUUUCCAGUGAAUAUCCCAGAAAUCAAAGCCCUGAUGUGACCUUGUGACUUUGUGUGAUGAGCCAGCAAGUGUGACUGACCCCGUUCAUGGCCACAGGGGUGCUGCUGAAGGAGAGAGGUUGUAUUUGCUGUAUUCAUCUCGUGAGGAGCACGAGGUGGAGCUCUGGUGUUGGCAUCAAAAGAGAUGCUGAAAAAUUAGAAAAGCUUCAAAAGAAGUAUUAAAAGACAUGGACAUUGGUUCAAAUUGAUAGAA